AGACUCCACAGAUUGCUUGCCCGCUCACAGUGCAUCAAACUUCGACCCUGCAGGCAUGAUCUUGUUUGGGAUCUAAAUUACUCUUCAAGCAAAUGUCCGUGUAUAGCCUCAAUCAUUAUACCGAUGGGCACGCGUGCGAUAGCAUGCUGAUGCUUCUGCGAGUUUGCAGGACGAGCGCUUAGGAAAGCCUUAUUAACAUGGCUGGAUUCCCCAGUCACCCUCACUACACUCUUCUUUCAUCCUAGCAACAUGCCUCAACAUUCGACGGAAUAUAUCAUCAAUCAUGUUUUUUGCCCCCUCAAAUUACCACAAGCAAGCGACCAUACCCUUGAGAACGAGUUGGCCUUAUCUCAGGCGGUAUUGGAUGCUGCUCAAGCUUUCAACAAACAGUUACCGUCCGAUAAGCAACAGCUUUGGGCGAGCAGCUUUAAAAUGCUUCAGAACCUUCAACAUUCAAUCAGAUUCAGCGUCUUGUCCCUAAAGGAAGUUCAAACUAAGAUCAAUGCCAUGAACAACAAAGAUGUUUUGGUAUUUAUGAUUCGCGCACAAAAUGCUGCGGUGAUCAUGAGAAAACUUGAAUAUGAAACCAUAUUCGAAUCAUUCGAGAUCUCUCCUGAAUCCACCGCAGUGAUGGGUGCAAAGGGAAAGCUAAUCUGUUCAUAUCCUGGGCCUGCUAUCACGGUUCCAGACACAAUUGUCAAUGACGCUACCUUUCCUGCCGCGCUGGCGAAUUUUCUCUUUCGCAUGGAUAAUGAUGUCCUUGAUGCGGCAGCGACGAGGAAAAAAGCUGAUUCCACUGUUCCCGAAGAGAGGGAUACAACUCAUCCCCGGUAUAUCACCGAACUCCUGACUGGUAUACUGCGUAGCCUUGGGAGCAUUGCUGAUGUUCCUCGCAUCCGCAAGCGCAUCGGAGAUGACGUGCUGUGGAACAGCGCGAAAUUGCCAUGGAGGCGGUCUCCACUUUGGCUUGUCAUUCGCGUUGCUUUACAGACCACUCUGGAGCGCAACGCUCUCGGACGAACGACAUAUAAAUCAUUCUUAUUGUUCUUGAUGGCUAGGGUUACAACCCUCGCUAUCGAUAAUAACUUGUCGAAUGACGUCCUACACUUUAUGUCGGCAAAGAUUGCACGCCGUCUUUUCAAGCUUGGAACUUCUGCUUCUCCAGAGUUAUCAUUCAUGGUCGUUACGGUCACGAGUGAAGUCAAGAGUAUUCUAGAAGGAAGAUGGAAAUCUGUUCAAGACGUGCAACAGACCUCACCUCCUUGGGCUCCCGAGACCCUCUCGGUCUUGCAGGAUACUCACCUCUCCUUGAACACGAGUCGAAGAUACAUAUGCCAAGCUUUGCUGAACCAGCAUUCGUCUUCCAAAUCAACCUCUUUCGAACCAAGCCACCGUGCACGCGGCACAAUUGAUGAUUUCCUUGACGCUGAUGCUAGCUUCCUGAUAGCUGCUCAUGACGCAGAACCAUCCCUUUCCUUAAUCGACUUCGAGACGGUUGUCAGAUCAGGCAUUGAUGACUGGGUAGCGUGUAUCUCAUUUCAGAGCAUCGAUUCCGCAUGUAUCUCGAUUGAGGCAUGUGCCUCCGCAUACUCCUCGCGAGCACUGGAAACUUACGAAGGAAACCCGGAGAAUACGUCAAUCAUGCUUCUUACUCUUUUCGAACUCUGGGUAGCGAUGGAUAAGAUUGUUGUUAAACAAAUUCCCCUCCUGGCAAACUAUCCCCCCGAAGUCCCAUCGACCCUUUGGAUGAAUCUCCUGAUCCGACAAUCCUCAGCCCUUGAUCGUUUAAAGAAGUUGUGCGCCUAUUUGGAAGAACGUGAUUUCCGGGCUUCCAACCGUCUGUCGGUAUUCUCGUCCAUCGACAAUGACAGAUCGUUCGCAGUGCAGUAUUUUUACCAGACACCCAUGUUGCAAGAUUUAAAGCGGGAAAUCGAGGAAGAUGCUCGGGAGGAGCGGGACGAGAAGUUGGCUCAGCUUCGGACCCUCAACGAGAAGUACGCUGAGCUCCAGAAGAGUGCAGCGAGCCUAUCACAUGAAUACCGUGUCAGCUCCUGGGGUCAUGAGUUCCACUCUGGGUUGUGUGCCAAAUGUAACCUGGAGAAGCGGAUGCGAUCCAUGACCAUUGCAGUUCACGAGUGGCCACUACCGCGGCAUGAACAUCAAGCGAUCACGGUUGUGUUCGAGCUAGCAUGCCCCAUCGCGUUUGACUUGUGGAGAUCUUUGACAUUCCAUGUUCUCGUUGACAUCUGCACUCCAACGCAGAUUUUGUCCACUCCCCCCUUCAUCACGCUGCCUAAUUAUGGCGCCUUACAGCAAUACCGCGAAUGUCAUCCAAGACAAAGGGUGACUUUGGCGUCAGAAGCUAAACCCUUCGCUACGUGUCAUUACCAUUACCAAAAUAUUCCUACGCAAGCAAACCUCAUCUGUGUGAACAACGGCCUCGUAUAUCAACCUUUUGAUAUAAUCACAAAUGCAUGGAUAUCCGACGCACUGCUGCACUGGAAUUCUAGUAAACUGUGCACUUUCAUUCUUCCCAGGGGGCCAUACUAUGAUCUGCAGCAUUACCUCGCAGGAACGUCGCACACCUCAAAUGAGGUCAUCGCCAAUCAGGCAGAUUGUCACAAGGACAUGACCAUUCACGAAUUCAUCGCUUUCGGAGUCUUACGGUGUGGGCCGCUACUGCAAUGGAUGAAUGUGCUACGUGAACUCCGUGCGAGGAUACUCAAUUUUCGAUGUGAAGAAGUCCAUCUAUUAUUCGCGCAAGCCGUCUCACAAGUUGGCCCACUUUCCAAGUCAUCUGAUGAGAGCCUUCCGUGGCACGAGGAGCUGGAAAGCAUACCAUUCCUUAGCACACUGCUAGGAGAGCUUGAGUCCUUGCUUGCGAACGUCGAAGAAAAUUGGCUGGAAGGCGUCACGAUAAGCACUAUCAUCAUGAUUGUGUGCCGUGUCUUGUCCUCGACACAGGAAGAGAGUAUCAAAAGUCGGGGAUAUUUCUUGCUUCGCAGGAUACGAACAGCGACCUUUACAUUUCUGGGACAGCUUUCACCGAAAAUGCAAGCCAGUGACGACGAGAAGGCCAGUCGGGAUUUGCAAGGACGACUUCGUGAUAUGGCCGCUACCUGUCGGAGCACCUUUGAUGUUGACGGAGAUCCUUCGCUGCUCUUGACGUCAAAUGAUGACAUCGAGGUAUUUGUGUACUGUGGGGUCAUGAUUUACGACAAUACUCCAAGCCACCUGGACAAUCUAUCACGAUAUUCCAAGCUACUGCUAGAACGAGACAAGAGAUGCUGCCACACAUUAGAAGCUGCUGUUCGUCGAUAUGUAGAGAAUCACAGGGAGGGUCUCGAUUCUGCGGUGAAAGCAAUAUGGGGCAGCUACAGACGAGGAACUUCUUGGAAGGCCCUGCCAGCUCCGUGCUCUCGUUGGCUUGCAACGAAGACGGCACCUUCUGGUUCUCAGUCACCGCAAACUGUGCAUUAUAACUUAAUUGAUGGGCGUUUGCUUGUUGAUGGGAAGCCGCUGGGUAGGCUUCCAUUGACUAUAGUGCGGCAUCCCACAUAUCAGGCAAUUUUCGGUGAUCAAGUUCUGGACAUUGUUCCAGCUGAUAUAUCUGGAAUGGAGUAUGCGACACGCGGGAACCCUUAUGGCCAUCAGGUGUCUUUUGCUCUCCGCGACUCAAAUGACCUCAUUAUCCGUGCGAAGCAUAUCGAACAAGACUCGCCUAUCGCACAAGACCCGCCUAUCGAACAAGACCCAACUAUCGAACAAGACAUCCUUCAACUCAUUCCAAGCCAAAAAUUUGUGGGGGACCUACCGACGACCUUGAUAGUAGGCCAUACUCACUGGCUUAACCUGGGCACAAAAAAAAUAGAGAUUCGGCCAGCAGAACGUGCGUGGCAGUCUUCACUUGACAAUUGGUUCCUGCAAUUUGCUAUUUCGGGCCCCUCGACGCUGCAGAAUGCCAGCGGUGCCACUCUUCUCGAUAUACGUAGCCCUACAUGGGACAUGAUCUCCAAGAGAAUGCGUCCUCUGGAGGAUGCCUGCCACAUGAUGGUCACAUACAACAAGGGUUCUAGUGACACUCACUUGUUGAAGGUUGAUUUACCCCGAUAUGGUCUAGAAUUCUUCGUCGACGAGAGUGGGGAACUACAGUCCCGUAACAUGCGCAACAUGGUCGUUGACGACGAUCAGUCUACUGGCACAAUGUUGGGAUUGGUCAAUCAACUCAUUAUGCGUCCGAAGUCGCAAAUCAUGGAUGAGCAUCCCCGUACCGUCAUCAUCCCAGAUGGUCAUAUCUCAUACGCUGUUAAUGAGCAUCACGUCCAGGUUACCAUUACGAAUAAAGGCCCACGAGUGGCGUACCACUUGUACAGGGUUGAUACAGAUCUAUGCUCUCUUACUGGGCGUGUAGGUCUGACGAACAAGCUCUAUCAGGCGCUUCUCCACGCUGUUACUAGCGGCUGUCUUCCGGAUCCUCUGACGGGUCGAACAGGAACAGAGGAAGCGUUACAUCUCAUGCAUUCUGCGGCUUGCCAGUCUUUUAUGAAGCUUCUCCCUCGUGAUAUAUAUCUUUUGCGCGAGAUCAGUUCGUUGUCAACCAUGCGCAUAUGGUAUCCCACACAUCUUCAGAAGAUGCAGACAGUCUCAUGGUCAUGUCUUUCAUCCCUCGCACAACACCACGGUUUCCAUCCAGCUGCAAAAUCUAUUAUGGACUACGGCAAGCGACUUGCAGCUUUCUCCGAAGAAUCUUCAGACCUUGAUCUUACAUUUCAUCUUCCGAACUACCUUCUCGAGCGUGCAUCCAUCCGUGCCUCUGCGGUCUACCCUGACCAGUUUUCUCUUCCAAUUCUGCUCAGGGACACAGAUGUCAUCUAUGCUUCACGCGAUGUACCCGAUAAAAAUGCAGAAGAGAGGGCAUUUAAUACCGCCUUCAUGACACUCCAGUGGCCACACGAGCUUCCGGUGCAGCAGGAUAUCCUCAGUUUGUUGACUCGGUGGAAGAACGUCCGGGGCAUUGGUGAACCAUCGUUCAGCUUGCAAUAUUCCAAAUCUUGGCUUCAGCCAUUCCACCACAUCUUCCUUUCUGCAUAUGACCGCUGUCGCAUUGCUACGAAGGACGAUACAUUCCACCUCGUCUUCACCCUAGCUUCAGUGUCAUAUGGCUUGUCGGAUGAGCAUGCACUUGUCCCAACACUCCUAGCCUUCGCUACAGUUCCCAAAAUUCGCACCCUGGGUGACCCACCGGAGUUUGCGUCGUAUGAUCUCUCGGAUGGUUUCAUGCCUUCCAGUGUAGUGUUGGACAGCAUCAUCAGUUCGUGUGUCAAGGAUUAUGAGACCAGCAAAGAGAGAUACCUACCUGCAAAGAGAGGGGAAGAUGAAAAGGCUCUUGGGAGGCGUCGUUAUUCAGCUUUUGAAGAUAGGUGUCAUUCUGAAAAGCAUCUCAUUCUUCAUAAAGUUCAGGAUGCUUGGCCGCGCGAAAAUCCUCCGGCCCUGAACACGCUGCAAGCGAACUGCUAUGAUCUCAACAAACUGUCGGAGAAACUUCGCCCACUAUACCGCAGCUGUUGGGCAAACCAUUGUCUGAAGCAACACUUGGAUGUCCUGCAAGAGACCCUCAACUCGUUCCAUGCCACUAAUGCCCCGUCAAAAAUACCCUCACAAUACGAUCUUGAUCCCCACCUUCAAAGCUCGGUUGUUGCUUCACCAGCCUCAUUCGUUGAUGCCAAUUACCUUUUCGCUAGAAAUCCGCCUGUUAUAUGCAUGAAUGGGUCUUCCCAUGUUCUACCCAAUUCCGAUCAGAAAAAUUUGCAACAGCUUAUCAACGGCUUUCGCGACCGAGCAAGCAACGAGUUCCGCCGUAACUAUGCCAAUGAUCUGGACCAGAGCAGGCUGAUGUUUUGCGAAGAAAAGAUUGUUGCCUUACCAGAUCCUGCGCCAUACACGAUGGAAGUAUUGCGAGAGUACCAUUCUCUUCAUCGCCUGCACUUCCAAGAUGCACUCAAAUCUAUCGUACGCAUCCUCUCCCCUGUCUCUCCCGCCGAGAAUGCGUUAUACAAUGCUGGGUUGUGGCCUCGAGUCACUCCAAAUCUCCUCUUCGCUCGCAUGGCUUCUGCAUCAGGAUGUAGUUUGGGGACGGAGUGGCGUACAGCUCUUGUCUACCUGUCGCAGAUGCUUUUGCGACUGCAACGCUCGAGAAGGCUGUUUAUAUUUGCCACUACCAAGAACUGGGGCGAGUUCUUCAAGGAAUUGGAGAAUGAAGAAUGCGAGCGGUCUGAUUCGGAGCUGUGCCCUGAUUGGCUCCUAAUACAGAUUGAAAGUCAAUUCUUGGCACGGCCUGUCCAAAUGAAGGUUGCGUGGGAGAUGAUAUCACCCCACGAGGGGCGAAAUACUUCUCUCCAAUUGAACAUGGGCGAAGGGAAAUCCUAUGUGAUCGUUCCUCUCGCAGCAGCCGCACUUUCCGAUGGCCAAAAACUGGUUCGAGUAAUCGUGCUGAAGUCGUUGUCUACUCAAAUGUUCCAGCUCCUGGUUGAACGACUAAGCGGCCUUACGCAGAGGCGCAUUUUCUAUAUUCCAUUCUCCCGCGCGCUUGAGAUCGACUCAUCGAAGGUGCAAAUGUAUCGUGACCUGAUGCAAGAAUGCAUGAAAACCAAGGGCAUCUUGCUCGUGCAACCAGAUCACAUCCUGUCAUUCCAGUUGAUGGCCGUUGAGCGUCAGCUACUCCCUCAGUCUGAAGCUGCUGAAGAUAUACUGCAGACUCAGCUGUGGCUCGAUAAUCAUACACGCGAUAUCCUAGACGAAAGUGAUGAAAUUUUACAUGUUCGCCACCAACUGGUGUAUACCGUCGGCCUCCAAAGGUCGCUUCAGGGUCAUCCUGACAGGUGGACGACUACACAACAAGUUUUGAGUCUUGUUGCAAAGCACGCUACUCAGCUCAUCAGAAAAUUUCCCUCUCACUCGGAAGUGUCUAUUCGCGAGCACAGAGCAUUCCCCUUCAUUCGAGUUCUGCACCCCACAGCAGGUGAAGAACUGGUCCAAUGGAUCGCACGGGAUGUCAUUUACAGCGGGGCACUUGAAAUCAUCAGCUUCGAUCAAGCUCCUGACCACAUCAAACGAGCAGUCCAUCAGUUCAUUGCAACCGAGAAUGUAUCCAGCACUGAUAUCAGUUUGGUGAAGGAGCGCUAUGAAGACACUACUGUUUGGCCCGGUCUUCUACUUCUGCGUGGACUGCUGGCAUGUGGUGUCUUGGUGUAUGCCCUCAGGGAACGUCGUUGGCGCGUGGACUAUGGCCUUGCCCACAAACGAACGAUGUUAGCUGUUCCGUUCCGUGCUAAAGACAUGCCCUCGCUGCGGGCAGAAUUUGGCCAUCCAGAUGUUGCUGUCACUCUUACGUGCCUAUCAUACUACUAUGCGGGCCUCACGCUCCAGCAGUUGAUGUUAUGCUUCGAGCUCCUGCUGAAGCAGGACAAUCCUGCUCUCGAGUAUGAAUCCUGGGUACUUGGACUUCCCUUCGUCCCAGAAAGUCUGCAGCGCCUUAACGGAAUCAACACAGAAUCUACAGACCAGCUAAAUGACCUUCGGCAACUGUUUGCAACCAACAAGGCAGUCAUAGAUUUUUACCUGUCUCGAGUUGUUUUCCCCAAGGAAGCCAAGGGUUUCCCCAGUAAGCUCACCUGCUCCGGAUGGGAUCUCGCCAAAAAAAAGAAAUAUGUCACAACUGGCUUUUCUGGUACAAAUGACAAUCGAUAUCUGCUACCAAGCUCAAUUGUGCAGCACGACCUUGACUACCAACGCGGCACGAAUGCUCGAGUCCUAGCCUUUCUUAUGCGCCCGGAAAAUGAUCACUACGAAGAUAUACCACCCGGCCAAAGCGUGCAUGACUUCAUUGAUACUCUCGUCAAAAAAAAACCUGAGGUCCGUGUGCUCCUAGAUGUGGGGGCGCAGAUGCUAGAAUUGAGGAAUAAAGAGUUGGCUGAAGCAUGGCUUAGAGCUACUUCCAACGCCAAGGCUGCAGUCUUCGUGAAUGACGACGAUGAACUCGUUGUUGUCAGUUUGGAUGGGAUGAUCGAGCCCCUUGUGUCGUCCCCUUUCGCACAGCAGCUUGACCAAUGCGUGGUAUAUUUAGACGAUGCCCAUACGAGGGGAACAGACAUCAAGCUGCCUCACGGUUUCCGAGCUGCUGUCACGCUUGGCCCCAAAGUGACGAAGGAUCGCCUAAUGCAAGGAUGUAUGCGAAUGCGCAAGCUGGGAAAUGGGCAAUCAGUAAUGUUCUUCGCUCCAGCUGAAGUUGACCGGAGCAUUCGUUCGGCAACUCAGAAAGCUGGUGAUGACCCUGUCAAUGUGUCAGAUAUGUUGCACUGGGCGAUGCUUGAAACUUGCAAUGAUAUUGAGAUGCGCACACUAUCCUGGAUCCAACAACGAUCAGAUUUCAAUACACGGCAUUCCGCAUGGACUCAAUUCUCGCACGCCUCUACCACUUCAAUUUCUAUCCUAGAGACAGCCUGGUUGCAGCCAGAGGAACGUUCAUUGAAGGAAUUGUACGCGCCACGCAGUUCUUCUGAGGCAUCGCAGGGUUUCGAUUCAGACAUCCAAAGGAAGUGCGAGGAGCUCGGAAUUCUAUCAGCUCACAAAAGGAGCAUGGACGAGGAACAAGAAAGGGAGGUGAUCCAUGAGGUAGAGAGAGAACGUCAACCGGAAAGACCGCCCAAGGUGGAAGCCGCAAAGCCGAACAUGCAUGCAGACGUUCGUCGAUUCGUGAAGUCUGGCCGAAUUGCCGCAGAUUCUCCCGCGUUCAUUCAAGUGCUAUCCAGCCUUGUUGACACUAGUGCUGAAUUUGAUGAGCGCGAUCAGUGGGCACGCAAUGUUUUAGUCACCCGCGACUUCGCACAUACGGUGGGAACUAUAUCUGGCACCCAAAAAGUGGAUGAUUAUCUGCGGCCCGUCAAUUGGAUUGUAUCCAGUAACGUUGGCCACCCAAUGCUGGUAGUCAUGAGCCCGGAUGAAGUGAACGAACUACUACCUGAUAUCCGCACGAGCAAGGUAGUUCACCUGUGUGUCUACACUCCUCGCAUCAUACAAACGAUGCAGGCAUGCGACAACCUUCGACUCUAUUGUGUUCCUUCGGCCCCACGGUUGACACCAUCACAACCGCUGAUCUGCCAGCUCAAUCUUUUUGCGGCCCAACUCUAUUUCUCCGAUUACGACAUGUAUCUGCACACUUGCAGCUUCUUAGGACUCAAUGCGCCGGAUUUGAAGGGAGAGGACUUGGUAGCCGACGACGAUGGGUUCAUCAAGAUAGACAAUCGCCCUUCUGCGAGAGCAUCAUGCAUGUUCAAGCGAUCCCAGCUUUCUCCACUGAAGGAGUUGUUCGGGAUGAGAAGGAAAGGCAUGGGGUAUCUACCAACUCAUCUCGGAAAGAUGCUCAACGGCCGCAUUCUGACCGAGAAGGACUUUCUCGAAUGAACGCCAGGUCUAUUCACAACUAAAUACGGCACCAAAACUGACCUCCGAAUCAAUGUAAUAUUAGCGUCUGUAAUGUUCUCUGUAAACGUAGUCGAAUCUAGAGCUCUUGUAUUUGGUUUGAAAGAGGGCUCCCAUGU